GAAUAAAAUCGUGAACCAUGCCACUUGUUCAACAACGAUAUAGUUAAUGCAUUUUAAAAAAUAGAGCAACAUUGUAUUAACUGCGAUGUUUUCUCCGUUCAAAUGCAUUGCGGUAUACUUUAACAUGCAUCAAUUCUAGACAUGACAAUUACUCAGAACUAAAUAUUCGUUUCAAUGCCGAAUUUUGAGUUUCACACACAAUUCUUCAUAAGUUAGACUGGAUACUAAUAUCGUAUUUAAAUAUGUCAUAGCUUGUGUUUCAGACCUUCUGUCUUAAAGGAUACCAAUGUUUUUUUUUACGCAUUGCAAUUAAGACAAAUAAUAACUCCGUUUGUUUGGCGCAUAGAAAUAACCAACUAGAUUUAAAACAGUGAGAAGUACAGUAGUUAAUGUAUGGACAUUCAAGCCUCCAAGUAAACCUGUGAAAUGCACAGAUCAUAAAACGUGCUUGUUUUCCAGGAUGUCCUAUGCAUGGAUGAUUAAAGGUGGAUGGGAAUCUGCGUUUAAUGCCACUAUUUCUUAUAAUCGUCUGCCUUACAACACAAGGGGACCCGCUUGAUGCAAAUCUGAUCCGGACACUGUUGUGUCUGCUGAAAUGCUAAAAUUAGCCAGAGGGGAAGUGAUCUGACCAGCAUAUCGAUUCAGUUCAAACACAGCAUAUCUGCGAUCACCGUGAUAACAAAAAUCCUGUAAAGCUCGCAUCUUUUCAGCAUUUUGCAAGGGAACAAUUGCAAACAGUGUUUUGAUGUUGGUUAAACUACGCGCAUGCGUUAGUAUUGACGGAAUUAUUACAGUGCCUAGGACUAAGUUGCAUUCCUUGAAUCUUCGCUCAAAGACAUUUCUUUAAUCAAAGUUAGGAAUGUGGAGAGUUCAAGACCGAGGAUGUUUCGGGAUUUUAUCUCUUUCCUUGCUGGUCGCCAUGGUCUGCAGUACUCAAAGCGCAAAUGAGCCCAGCAACAUGUCAUAUGUGAAAGAAACCGUCGACAAAUUGCUCAAGGGAUAUGACAUUCGUUUAAGGCCUGAUUUUGGAGGUCCCCCUGUAGAUGUUGGGAUGAGCAUAGAUAUCGCCAGCAUCGAUAUGGUCUCAGAAGUCAAUAUGGAUUACACUCUUACCAUGUACUUUCAGCAGUCCUGGCGAGACAAAAGGUUGUCAUACACUGGAAUACCUCUCAACCUCACCCUUGAUAACAGAGUAGCUGAUCAACUCUGGGUACCAGAUACCUACUUUCUCAAUGAUAAGAAAUCAUUUGUGCAUGGCGUCACAGUCAAGAACCGAAUGAUCAGACUGCAUCCAGACGGAACUGUGCUCUAUGGCCUCAGGUUUGUGCUUCAAAGUUAACUCUUCAAUAGGCAUUUUAAAAAUUUUAAUCAUACAUUUAAUGGAAAAAUUACCUUUCUUUCUCAGUUUUUGAGUAAAGGGCUUAGAUGGUGAUGUCAAUGUAUUUUUUGCUGACAAACUAUUAAGAGAUAAUUUUAUUAAUAAAAAAUCUCUCAGAAAAACAUUAUACUUUCUACAAUGAUAGACUGCAUGUUUCAAUUUUGAAAAAAUCUAAUUAAUAUCUACCCAUGAAAUGCAUCCUUAAUGUGUUGUUUCACAGAUAAACCACUUCUCCAUGUAACAGAGGGCUUCAUUAAUCAAAGAAGCCUAUAUGUGUACACCUGUUAAUAAAGACUUGGUCUGAUUUUUCCUGUGGACAAAUUGCUAUGUUAAGUUUAUCCAUGUUAUAUGGAAUGGAGUAUUAUUCAAAAUUACUACUCAAGAGCAGUGUGUCAGCUCAAAUUCUUGGCAGCAAUAUGCUUGUGUUUUGUGCUAACUGGAAAUUUUAAAUCAUGAAUUGUCAGCUAAUCUAUACUGAUGCAGGAACAAAUUACCCUUAUUAUCACUUUCAGAAUGCAGUAUUAUGACAGACUUAUGUUUUUGUUGUACUCUAAAAGUAAUUAAAUGUAAAAGAUCUGAAUGUUUCAGUGUACCAUUUUGAAAGCUCAUUCUACUUUCUUUUCAUUAUUGGUUGUUGUUCUUAAUUUCAGGAGGAUUUAGUGCAUGAAUUUUUAACAUACUUGCUCUAUUAUGAAGACAUUCCAAGAAUUUUAAAUUGUGUAAUUUCUUAUAAAAUGACACCUGUAUAUACUGAACAGU